GUGUCAACUUCAUAAAAUGGACGGUGAUAUUGUUGAAAAACUCGAUGAUAUUCUAGAUGGAAUCUAUUUAGCACCGAAUUUGCAAUCAAAUCAUAUAGUUUCAUUAAUCAACUAUCUGAAUAAACACGAAUUAGAUGAAAAUUUUUAUCGACAAACGAUAAAUUUUUUAUUGUCCAUGUUUGAUUCAAGAACUGAUUCUAAAUUUCGUAAAAAUCUUUCAGAAGCUAUAUUUCUUAUCGCCAACGAAAAUGGAAACCAAUUCAUUCAGGCAUUAUUUGCUGUGUUAAUUCAACAUAUUAAUAGAGUAAAAAAUUUGGUUCCAACCAAAACCGUAUCGGCAAAAGUCAAUUUUUUUGCCAAACUUUUGAUCUUGUUUGAAUGGGAAAAAUUGAAUGAAAAUCAACGAAAAUUGUUGAUUGAAAGUCACUCAAUCAUUUGUGGUUAUUAUGGAAGAUUUAAAAACACAAUUUUUAAUGAUUUAAAUUACAAGUGCCUUAAAAAAUAUAUUUCAUUAAUGAAAGAAUCAUCGUUGAACAUGUACUUGACCAUCAUGAAAGAAAUCAGUUCUUCAUCAUCUAAUGUAAAUUAUUCGAUUCUUUGGGACAAUCUGUUUCGAUUCUUGAUCAAUACGAAUCAAAUGAAUUUGAUCAAUUCAUAUAAACAAACGACGCUAGAUUUGUUGGUCAAAAACAUAAUUUUUUCCAAAACCAAAUUAACCGAUCAAUAUGAUUCAUCAUGUUUUCAGUAUACAUUGUCACAAAUUAGUCGCGAUGAAUUUCAAUCAAUUCUUCUACCAUCAUUACAGAAAGCCAUUUUAAGGAAUCCAGAAAUUUCUCUUAUUCUCAUGGUUCAUAUUAUUGAAUAUCUAAAUAUGGAUUUGUCUGAUUUUACACUAGAUAUCUGUAAAAUAUUGGGUGCUCAUCUUCAUUCGAAAAAUGAACUUCUUCAAGAAGAAUCUCUAGAAGCAUUGAAAAUUAUGUCCCAAAAAUGCACAGAAUACAAUGCAAUCGAAUCUGCCUUAAUUUAUUUCGUCAAAAUCUACAAUGGCAGUGAAGGCAAAUUGACCGUUCUUGGUCAUCGACAUACAAUGAUCAAAUCGAUUGGUUAUUUAUCAUUUGCGAACGUAAAUGACCCAAGUGGCAAGAAAAAAUUAUUGCAUAUUUCGAUUGAAGAAUUGAUAAAAAUGUUGAAACAAGAAACCUUAGAAUCAUCUUUUGUUUUAUUAUUUCAACAAAUCAAGCUUUGGAUUCGACAAUUAUCAUCGAAUCCAUUACCGGAUUCAUUUUGGAAAUUUAUCAAAGAAUUUGCCAAAUCAAAAUCUGCUUCACCACCAACAUUAGCUACAUUGUAUGAAUGUUUGAUUGUUGCAUUUGAAUCUAACCUAAAUGAUCAUAUUGCCAAAAUCGAUGAUUCCAUUUUAACAUUCAUUUUGAAUUCAGCAAAAAAUGUUUCAACAGCAUUGACCAAAUUACCAAUGGUAAUUGAAAGUUUAAAUGCUUCGAUUGUAUUGCUUAAGAUUUAUCAUCAUAAAAAUGAUUUUGCUGAAAAGAUGAAAAAUUUUCUUACAUCAAUGCAUAAUCUGGUAUCCAUUACAUUUUUGACCGAUAAAUUUAUUGCACAAGUUUCUAUUGAAAAUCUUGCCAAUUUAAUUGAUUUCAUUUUCAAUCUUAUGCGUGAUGUAAAAACUUUGGAUACAGAUAAUCAAAAAUAUCUUUACAAAGCUAUCGUUUUAUUAAUGUGUCAUUAUUCACGAGAAAUACGUGACAAUGCUAUCGGAAAAUUCAAUGAUUAUUGUCAAGAAAAUGAAUCAUUUCAAAUGAAAAUGAUUCAAAAAUUCAAUGAUCUUUAUCAAGAAAAUCGACAAACGGAAUUAGAACGACAACCUAAUAAUUACAGUGUUUUACGAUGUGCACAAGCAUUGUUAAAUAGCUGCAAUCAAUAUGAUGAAGAUAAAAUGUUGAAUUCAAUCAUUCAUCUUUGUCAUCAUUCAAUUGUAUUUCAACAGAAUCCUAAUCUUUUCAUCAAAGAAUAUCUUCAUAAACAUUUUUCUGAAACAAUCAAAAUCAAUGAAUUUAUUGAUAGAAAUUUUAAACAAUUAACACAAGCCAUAUUCGAAAUACAUUUUGGUCGUUCAACAACAUUGAAUUUAUCACGAACAUUGAUGAAAUGGAAUCCACAUCGUUUUGCCGAACAUUUUGUUCUGACCAUUCACGAUGAUAUCAUUAAACAUCUAACUGAAUUCAAAUCAAUCACUAAAGAUGAUUUUGAAAUUUUUAAAACACCAGAAGACCAUCUUUAUAAUCGUGCAGCAGUUAUUGAAGCCGGUGGUAUUCACGAAGACAAGAAUCUUAAACGUGAAAGUAAACUAUAUUCACAUAAGGAACAGUUGGCCGAAAUUCAACUUCGUAAAGAAUUGGAAGAGAAACGAAAAAAUCAAGAACCAGAAUUUGAUCCAUCAAAAUUUUCAAAAAAACAGAAAGAAAUUUAUAUACAAGAAAUGGCUAAAGAGAAAAAAAUUCGUGAUCACUUACAAAGUCUUUAUGAAGAUUUUUUAUUCAAAACUGAUCUUUUAUCAGCCAUAAUGGAUACAAAUCCGAUUGUUGCAUCUAUCCAUUUCAAAGAUGUUCUGUUUACCUAUGUAAAUCUAUUUGCUUCACGUUUAACCUUUGAAAAAGCUGUUGAAUUUUUCAAAUCAAUCAGCUCAAAAAUGAUGAUUUCACCAAUAAUCAAAGUGGAUGGUGAUUAUUCUUCAUACAUUCAAAUUAUCACCAACACCAUAAUCAAUCUGUAUAGUUUAAAAGAAAAUUCUAAAGAUGAUAUUGAUUUAGUGGAAAAAAUUAUCGAUUAUAUCUACAAUAGAACCUGUCCAAAUAUGGAAAAUUAUGAUGAAAAAUUGGUUAAAAAAACUGAACAAAAUCGUUUGACAACACCUGCUUUUACAUUCGUAUUUCCAAUUUUUCGUUUUGUUUUACUUGACAUGAUUGAAUUGGAAUCAGAACAUUAUGAAAAAAUUGUCGAAAAAUGUUUAAUAAUCAUUAAUGAACAUGCAAAGAUGCGUUGCUACACGGAAAAAGAAGAUGACAAUCUGAAAAAUCCUGGAAAUUUACCGAUAAAAUUAAUACUAGAGACAUUGUUUUCAUUCAUGGAGAAUGAAGAUGCCGAUACUGGUUGUGAUGAAUUGGUAGCAAAUACAUUGAUCGAAGUGGUCACCAGUGUUAAUAAUGAAAUUGGUUGUGGCACAGCAAAUCCUCGUGAUAUACUUGUAUUGCUUAGCUAUACAUCACAUCAAGAUGAUCUUAUUCGUCUUACAUGUUUCGAAUCAUUAUUCAUACUUACCGAACAAGUAUUGAUUUUUAUGGACAAUGAAUAUUGUCGUCAAAAAUUAGCUCAUCGUUGUUUUAUUGGACAAUUUGAUAUCUUGCCCGAUUGUCAAGCAUAUUCGAAUCAAAUUUUCAAACUAUGUCAUUUCAUAACUAAUCGAUUGUUUUUGAAUGUUAUACUGGAUGAAGAUUUGGAUUCAAUUAACUUGAAAAUGACGCAGCCAGUUUCUGAAGCAUUUAAAAAUUUAGUGGAAGAAUUUUCUGAUGAUCUACCCGAAUAUUAUGGAAAAUUGAUAAAAUUUUAUCAAAUAAAAGCCGCAGCUGCUAAACCAGUGCUUGAUAAUUUUGGUCGUCCAAUGACCAAAAAUCAUAUUGAUCAAUAUGAACCACGAUUGACUAUUGCAUAUAUUUUGGAAAAAAUUGUUCAUCUUUUUGAUGAUAAUCUUUUUGAAUCAUUCAUUAAUUUUCUUAUACCCGAAGCAUUGGGCGAUCAAAAUGAAUUGGUACGACGAGCAAUGCUAGAUGCUGGUAGACGUUGUAUUAAUGUUCAUGGUGAACAAAAUAUCUCCUAUCUUCUUAGAUCAUUCGAAACAUUCUUAGAUUCAGCACCGGAUGAUCAUGAGACCGAUAUUGUUCGUGAAAGUCUUAUCAUUUUAAUGGGCACAUUAGCUCGACACAUUGAAAGUGAUAAUCCGAAAUUGAAACCAAUUUUAAGCAAACUUGUUGAAGCUUUAUCAACACCAUCGAAAAUCGUACAAGAAGCUGUAGCUAAUUGUUUACAAUAUUUAAUUCCAAAAUUCAAAGAUGAUGCUCCAGCUUUACUUCAAAAAUUAUUAGCAUUCCUAUUUCAUUCAGAUUCGUAUGGUGAACGUAAAGGAGCAGCUUAUGGGAUUGCAGGCAUUGUCAAAGGACUGGGAAUAUUGUCACUCAAUAAAAUGGGAAUCAUGGAUGCAUUGACUCAGGCCAUACAAGCUAAAGAUAAAUCAAAUAAUCGUGAAGGUGCUUUGUUUGCCUUUGAAAUGUUAUCACGAAUGUUGGGCAGAUUGUUUGAACCAUACAUUGUACAUAUUUUACCUCACCUGUUGGAUUGUUUCGGUGAUAGUAGUACACGUGUCCGUAAAGCUGCUGAUGAUACGGCCAAAGUAAUUAUGUCGAAUUUGACUGCCUAUGGAGUAACAUUAAUUUAUCCAGCUAUUCUGAUUGCUCUUGAAGAUGAUUCAUGGCGUAAAAAAACAAGUUCGAUUGAAUUACUUGGAUCGAUGGCUUUCUGCGCCCCUAAACAAUUGUCACAAUGUUUACCGAAAAUCGUACCAAAAUUGAUGGAUGUAUUGAAUGAUUCACAUCCAAAAGUUCAACGAUCAGCAGGCGAAGCAUUGAAACAAAUUGGUUCAGUUAUUAAAAAUCCAGAAAUUCAAGAGAUUGUUCCUGUUCUUCUGAAUGCUUUACAGGAUCCGGCCAAUAAAACUAACGAAUGUUUGAAUGUUAUGAUGAAAAUGAAAUUUGUUCAUAUUAUUGAUCCACCAUCGUUGGCUUUGAUUAUGCCAGUGAUCGAAAGAGCUUUUCAGAAUCGAUCAACUGAAACUAGAAAAAUGGCCUCACAAAUCGUUGGAAAUAUGUAUGCUUUGGCUAAGAGCAAAGAUCUUUCGCCAUAUUUAUCGUCAAUCAUUCCGGGCUUAAAGAAUUCAUUGUUAGAUCCAGUGCCUGAAGUUCGAACGGCUACUGCACGAGCAUUGGGCGCUAUGGUUCGUAGUCUUGGAAAUGAAAUACUUGAUGAUUUACGACCAUGGUUAGAACGAAUGCUUAUCUCCGAACAAAGUUCUGUCGAUCGUUCUGGUGCAGCUCAAGGUUUGGCCGAAGUUCUUGGUGGUUUAGGCAAAGAACAUCUAGACAAAUAUAUGCCCAAAAUAUUGGAAGUUACAGAAAAUCCAGAUGUACCAGCUUAUGUCAAAGAUGGUUUCAUCAUGCUUUACAUUUAUUUGCCAUCAGUCUUUACUCAACAUUUUGCCUCUUACAUUAGUCGAGUUAUCACACCCAUACUGAAAGCAUUGGCUGAUGAAAAUGAAUUUGUUCGUGAAACUUCAUUGCGCGCCGGUCAACGAAUUGUCAACAUGUAUGCCGAAACAGCCAUUCAAUUAUUGUUACCUGAAUUGGAACGAGGAUUGUUUAAUGAAAAUUGGCGAAUCCGUUAUAGUUCGGUUCAACUUCUUGGUGAUCUUUUAUUCAAAAUUACUGGUCUAUCGGGCAAGAUGACCACCGAAUCACAAAGUGAAGAUGACAAUUUUGGUACCGAUCAAUCACAUCAAGCCUUGUUCGAUGCAUUGGGAGAAGAAAGACGAAAUCGUGUUCUUUCUGGUUUAUAUAUGGGUCGUUCAGAUGUCUCACUACAAGUUCGACAAGCAUCCCUUCAUGUUUGGAAAGUUAUUGUUCCAAAUACUCCAAGAACAUUACGUGAAAUAUUGCCAGUUUUAUUCACAUUAUUAUUGGAAUGUUUGGCCAGUAAUUCUCAUGAUCGACAACAAAUUGGAGCUCGAACAUUGGGCGAUUUGGUACGAAAACUUGGUGAACGUAUUCUACCAGAAAUUAUACCUAUUCUUGAAGAUGGUCUAAAAUCAGAUCGACCAGAUCAACGACAAGGUGUUUGCAUUGGUCUUAGUGAAAUAAUCGUUUCUACCAGUCGAGAAAUGGUUCAAGUUUUUGCCGAUAAUUUUAUUGCCACAGUACGAAAAGCAUUGUUUGAUUCAUUACCCGAAGUACGACUAGCAGCUGCACAAAGUUUUGAUCAUUUACAUACAGCAAUUGGUGAAAAAUGUUUAGGCGAUAUACUCAAUCAUUUGUUGAAUCAUAUUGAUGAUCCUAAAUAUGGUGAACGUGUUCUCGAUAGUUUGAAAGCAAUAAUUUCAUACAAAAGUCGAGUAGUUCUACCUAAUCUCAUUCCAAAGUUGACGACUAAACCGGUGAAUACUCGAGCUUUGUCCAUCAUUGCCUCUGUGGCUGGUGAAUCUUUUUCGAAACAUUUACAUCUUGUCAUACCACCUUUGUUAUCAUCAUUGAGCGAAUCGUUUGAUAAUCCGAAUUUUGAUGAGCAAUUGGAAUAUUGUCAAAAUGUAAUUGUUUCAAUCGCAGAUGAAGAUGGUGCACGCGCUGUUAUUCUAACAUUGUUGGAUGCAAGUAAAUCUAAUAAUUUAAAUAAAAAACGAGCAGCAAUUAUGUUAUUAUCAUAUUAUUGUACACAAUCUAAGCCCGGAACUACGGCACAAUUUAAUUCAACAAUAUUGACAAAUUUGAUCGAUUUUUUUGCUUCCAAUGAUGAAUGUAUUUUGUCUAAAGCAAGUGAAGCAAUGGCUGCAAUCAUAAAAAAUCUUGAUAAAUGGCAACAGGUUGACGUAAUACCUGAAGUUUAUCGAAAACUGUACAGUACAUUGAAUGAAAGAUUACCGGAUAAUUAUCGUCGAAUGGGUGUUUUCACCUAUUCAUAUUCACCAUUAACAAGCAAUUAUCAAUAUGUUGAUCAUCCUGAUUUUUAUUUUCCUGGAUUUUUUUUCAACAAAACCAUCCAAUCAUUAUUGAAUCUUUUUAACAAAGCUAUUACUGGAAAUAAUUUCGAGAUUCGUGUUAUUGGUUGUAAUGCUUAUCGUAUGAUUGUCAUACAUUCUAGUCCUGAAGCACUAAAACCAUCAUCUAUGAUUCUUUGUGGUUCUAUGUUACGAUUACUUUGUGAUCAUCCAAAAGAAGAUGUAAAAAUCAUUGUCAUAGAUGUUCUUUCAUUAUUGUUGAUGAAGAUGAGUGUUUUUCUCAAGCCAUUCUAUCCUCAAAUUCAAAUGAUAUUUUUAAGAUCAUUAUUUGAACCGGUAAAAUCGCUUCGAUUACAAGCGGCUACUUGUAUUAGUCGAUUUGCUCCAUUUCAUCCGAAACCAGAUGCUUUUCUUAGCGAAUUAUUGACUUUAAACAAAAAUUGUCCAAUUGAACCACCUUAUUUGAAAGAAACAGGAUUUUUUGCAAUCAGAUUGGCUAUUGUCACUGCUGGUGAGCGAUUUUCUUCUGCUGUACAUCGUCAAGUUUAUGAAUAUGCCACUAACUAUAAAGAGGACAUGACGAAUGAAAUUCAACAAACAGCCGCAUCGGUCAUUGGAUCAUUAUGUCGAGUUGUUGAUGAUGAAUUAUUUGAUGAAAUUGGUCAUCAAUUUUUAUUGCAGGAUGAAGUUAAUUUCGUUCAACAUGCAAGAAAAUUUCGAUCUAUUGUUUUAGGAAUUGCAUUGAAAGAUGCUGCACACAGAACUAUUGGGCGAAACAAUGAUUGGUCAGCGAUGAUACAUCAAAAUGUUUUAAGCUUGAUUAGUUCAUCCAUCACUUAUCUUGCCGUUCAUGGUAUCAAAUGUGCAGCUUAUAUUAUUCAUUAUUCAUUAAAAAAUGAUUUGGUUAUCGAUAAAAAUCUUCUUCAUGCUUUUGCCAAGGCAAUGAACCAUCAACGGAAUGAAGUUAAACAAGCCAUGAAUCAAGGUACAAUAUUCUGGGCAAAUCGAUUUCCUAGCAACAAAAACAUACCGGAUCAGAUUUUACUUUUAAUGGUACCACAAUUGGUUAACGGUACAAAAGAAAAGAAUUCUUCAGUACGAGCAUUUGCUGAACAAGCAUUAAUAUCAUUAUUGAAAUUACGUGAAGAAAACUCAUCUAUUCUGGAAAAAUGUUUAAAAAUAAUGGGUUCUGGAGCCGUUGAAUCAUUACAAGAAUGUGUAGCAAAAAUCAAGAAAAGUGUACUUAAAAAUGAAUUCAAGGAAGAAGAAUUUGAUGAAACAUUAAUUUUCCAAAUAAUAGCUUCAGAAGAGAUUUGAAUAAUAAUUUCUUUUUAUUUGUAAAUUCUUCUUUCAUUUUUUCACUGUUUA